AUGGAAAAGACAGGACAGUCUUUCUCUAGAUACUUUGUUGCCAUGCUCCUCCUGCAGAUGAUAACACCAAGUUCAGAGCAGUUCACAGCGAAUGGCAUAGAGGGGCCAGUCUUGGCUCCAUGGGGUGGAAAAGUUGAGCUCAGCUCACUGUCCCCACCACAGAGUGCAGAGCAAAUGGAGACACGCUGGUUCCAGCACCACUACAAACCUGUUCACCUGUACAAGGAUGGUAAAGACUUGUAUGGAGAAACCAUCUCUGAUUACAUGGAGCGGACAGAGCUCCUCACAGACGCCAUUGGAGAGGGUAAGGUGACCCUCAGAAUCUUUAGUGUGAAUGCUGAUGAUGACGGGAUAUACCACCGUUUCUUCAAAGAUGGUGAUUUCUAUGAGGAGGCCAUCACAGAGGUAAAGGUCACAGCUACAAGCCUAGAAAUGCAGAUUCUGGUGCAUCCUCCUAAUGCCAAAGGUCUUUUAGUGGAGUGUAAUUCAGGAGGUUGGUUUCCACAGCCUCAAAUGGAAUGGAGAGACAGCAGAGAAGAGUUCAUCCCACCUUCCUCAAAAUCCCAUUCACAGGAUACAGACAAAUUAUUCAACAUGAAGAUGACCCUUCUAAUACAGAGCACCCAUGGGAAUGUCACCUGCUACCUUCAAAACCCUGUAACUGGUCAAGAGGAGAAGACAAGCAUUGUCCUAUCAAAUAAACUGUUUCUAUGGAAUACAGUUUGGAAGUUGAUCUUGGGCUUAAUUCUGGCUCUACUGCUGACCUUUACCCUGGUAUCCAGUGUUGCUCUACAUCGAGCACAGAUAAGAAGAGCCAGAAACAAGUUACAAUCUCCACUACAUUUGAGAGCCUGUACUGGAUACUGUCUUCCUAUUACCCGACACACAGGUUGCUCCUGCAAUGCAGUAUCUCCUUGGUUAGUGGGCAUACUAAUAGUCUUGACUUCAUUCAGUAUGAUUGUCUCCCUCAUUUUCUAUUUGCAUUACAAAAAAAGAGUCCCCAUUUCAGAUCCACAUUUCGAGUUGGAUGUCAUGUGGCUGGAGGAUAUGACUGUGAUCCUGUGUGUUCUGAUGGUCUUCAUCACUGUGAUCAGUUCCUCUGCUUACUUUAGACUCAGAGGUAAAUGGAAUGGGAACGGUGGUAACUCAGAAGGCAGCAUUCUUCAAACUGAUCUCCAGAUACUGUCUCUGAUUGUAGCUUCUUGAGUC